ACAAGAUUAUUUUGUCAUGGGCAAUGCUAGGGAUACACCAACAUGGGGUACUCUAAGUGUACACCAAGCCAACACAGACACACACAGACACAAAAUGUCUGUGCAAUACAGACACUUUGUGUCUGUGUUGGCUUUGGUGUACACUUGGACUACCCCUAGCUUAAUUCUUUUGUUUUGUCGUAGAUGCACUGCAAUUCUCCGUCAAACUCAAACCGGCUCAAACGUCACCCCAGCGAGUCACACACUCAGAAGCUCAGGCAGCUGUCCAUUAAUGGCAACAGAAGGUAUCGAGGGACAACGACGAGAUGGUGAAGGCUACGGCGUGCUCUUGUACUACAAAUACGCCAUCUUCCCCGAUCUCGAACAACUCCUUAACUUCUACAGAUCAAACUGCGCCUCUCUAUCCCUCGUUGGCCGCAUCCGCCUCUCUUCCCACGGCGUCAAUGUCACCGUUGGGGGGAAAUUGUCUGCUUUGAAGGAGCACAUUGCUGCAGUGAAGCUGAAUAACUUGUUUGAAGGGACGGAUUUCAAGCUUGCAUCUUGUCAUGAACCCUUGAACGAUAGGAUUGCUAAAGAAUGUGGAUUCACUACUCUAUCCAUACGCAUAGUUGAGGAAUUGGUAACUUUGAGUUCCUUUCCGCUGGCAAAGUCUCCAGAAGUUUCAAAUGCAGGAACACAUCUUUCUGCAGCUGAAUUUCAUUCUGUGCUUAGUGAUGCCGGGCACUCACAGGAAAAAAGUGAAAAUAGAACACUCCUGCUGGAUGCCCGGAAUUUAUACGAGACAAGGAUUGGAAAGUUCUCGACUCCAAAUGUGGAGACAUUGGAUCCAGGAAUUAGGCAGUACAGUGACCUUCCAUCCUGGAUAGACAUUAAUGAAGAAAAAUUGAAGGGAAAGAAUAUCCUUAUGUACUGUACUGGGGGGAUUAGAUGUGAGAUGGCCUCAGCCUAUAUUAAAUCAAAAGGUGCUGGUUUUGAAAAUGUAUUUCAGUUAUAUGGUGGGAUUCAGCGUUAUCUAGAACAAUAUCCUGAUGGGGGGUUUUUCCAAGGAAAGAAUUUUGUUUUUGAUCAUAGAGUCUCAGUGGGGAGCUUGGAUUCAAAAGUUUUGGGUACCUGCCUUCUUUGUAACUCAUCCUUUGAUGAUUAUUCUUCUCGCAGAAGGUGCAUUUUCUGUAGAAUGCUCGUGUUAAUCUGCAAUAGCUGUCAGGAUGUAAAUUCUACUUAUGCUUGUGAACUAUGCCAAAAAGCUGGCAAGGAUGUUCGCUCGGUUUUGGAGAUGAAAGUUCCCAAGUCAGUAGAAAUAUCUGAAGGUGGAGGGGAUAAACCUGAAGCUGUUUCCACUUUGAAUUCAACAGAAUUCUUGCCUAUUGUUGCACGAUCAAAUGGGACACAAAUGUCCAGAAGGAGACUGAGGAUUUUGUGCUUACAUGGCUUCCGCCAGAACGCUUCCGGAUUCAAAGGAAGAUCGGCCUCGCUAGCCAAAAAACUCAAGAACAUUGCAGAGCUUAUCUUCAUCGAUGCACCCCAUGCCUUACCCUUCAUCUACCAACUCCCUCCACCAGACCAUCACUGCAAUCUCAUUUCGUCUUAUCAGUCCAAAGACACCAACCUUCCUACUGGUGGUUGCAAUAGAAAGUUUGCAUGGUUGGUUGGAAGCGGGCACACUCCAGGGACCAACUCUGAUUGGAAAAUGUCAGACCGUAAAUUUGAUCAUCUGCAGUACCAAAACCAAACCGAGGGGUUCGACGAAUCACUCUCGUACCUGAAAACUAAGGUUUCUGAAGGAGGGCCGUUUGACGGGAUCUUGGGGUUCUCACAAGGAGCUGCAAUGGCUGCUUUACUCUGUGCACACAAGGAGAAGUUGAAAGGAGAAAUAGAUUUCAGGUUUGCAGUUUUAUGCUCCGGCUUCGCUGUGAAUAUGGAUGACCUCGGGCAGGGGUCAGUAAACUGCCCUUCGCUCCACAUAUAUGGGAAUGACAAGGGCAGCGACAGGCAGAUAGAGAACGGAGCUAGUCAACGACUUGCUUCCCUGUUUGACGAUGCCUCCUGUGUGGUCAUUGAACAUGAUUUCGGUCACAUUAUUCCGACAUGUUCCCCAUUUAUUGACCAGAUCAAAGACUUCCUUCACCGUUUCCUGUAAUUUACGCAUGCCCGGCUGUUGCUGACUGGAACCAGUAUUGAAGAAGCUCAUUGAAAAGAAUUCGAGUUAGCCUAUAGGUAUGAUCAUUGUACAAUGCUAGAGUGACAAAGGAGUUCAUAUUUAUUACGUGAUGUGGAGUGGGACAUGAUCUUAGCUUCCGUCUCAUUUUGUUAUCUGCACGUAUGAAUCCCAUUUGG